AUGGAGCGAGUACGGACCAAGCGAACCUCUCGUCGGGCCCAGACCACUCGGCUCAUCCACGAGGUCAGGGCAACUCUUGCAAAUGAGGGUCACGAUCUUAGUUCGCUCACAACACUGCUUCAGAGAUUAACGACAAAUAUCGAAGAGCUGAAAAUCUUAGAUCGAGAGUUCGAAUCCUUCGUAAGCGACGAACACAUUGAGCAAGAGUAUGAAGCGGUAAUGACCUACCAGGACAACUCAACGCAGGCAUUUGCAAUGCUGAGUCAUCGAAUUGAGAUUCUGAAGAAUCAAGAAGCCCGUGUGGUAGAAGUAAACAGAACACCGGCGAUUCUUCCGACCACCACCGAGAACGCCAGAACAAGACUUCCGAAAUUGGAGAUGUUGAAAUUUGACGGCAGCACUUCUCAGUGGCAAGCGUUCUGGGAUAUGUUCCAAAACAGGAUUGACCAGCAUCCUCAACUGUGUCAGGCUGACAAGUUUCACUACCUCCGGUCCCUUCUCACCGGACCCGCAUUUAGAGCCAUCGCUGGCCUUCAUGGGUCUAACUCCAGCUACACAGACGCGUUGGCUAUACUCCGAGCGCGAUUUGGAGACAAGAAACUCAUCGAGCAAGACCAUCUUUCAAAACUCCGAACGCUCCAGAAGGUCCCAUCAUCAAACGACGUUGGUGCCUUAAGAAGACUUCUCGACGCCGUUCAGCUACACAUUCGUGGCUUAAAAGAUCUCGGAGUUCACGCUAUGUCCUACUCUGCAAUGCUGAACGAGAUACUAAUGAAGGUUCUACCAACCGACGUCGUCAUCGAAUAUCAUCGACGAAAAUCCUUCAGCGGAGCUACAGAGCCACUGACGUCAGAAGGAGAUCUGGAGAUGACCUUAAAAUUUCUUCAGAUUGAAGUGGAAUGUCGAGAACGAAGUGGACUGACAACAGGGAGGACAAGUCAAGACAGUCGACCUGACACUAGGAAGUACGAUUCCAGAAGAGAAGGUACAAGAAGCUCCGCAGCUGUUCUACACAGUCGGGCGAAAGAGUCAGCAGACUGCCUUUUCUGCUCUUCCAGAAAACACUCGUCGGAAGAUUGCAACACGGAUGCAACGAUAGAUGCGAAAAAGAAGAAACUCUCCGACGACAUGAGAUGUUUUAAAUGUACCAUGAAGGGGCACAGAGCGCGAGAUUGCAGAAGGAGAAUCGUCUGCAAUACUUGCAAAGGCAGACAUGCUACAUCGAUGUGCGACCCACGCUGGCAACGAACUAAGGAGACGGAACAAAAUAGCAAAACGAAGGCACUCCAUACUUACGCUCCAUCAACAACACAAAAGGAGCCCCAUAUCCUACUUCAAACGUUUCGGGGCUGGAUCGCUGGCAAAAGUGGGUACAGAUACAUAAGAGGAAUGAUAGACGGAGGAAGCCAGCGAACUUUCAUCCGAGAAGAUGUGUCCAAAAGGUACCAACUACGUAUUCUCGGCGACAUAAAUAUUUGCAUCAACACCUUUGGAUCCGAAGCUGCAAAAGAACAAAGACGAAAGCUUGUGGAGGUUAGACUAAAGAGCCAGUACCACCAAGGAGUGUACAUCUUCGAAGCGGUAGAAGUCCCGAAUAUCUGCAGCCAAAUGAUGGAGCUUCCUUUGGACCACCCUUUCAUAGGAGAGCUUCAAAGUCAAGGAAAGGAUUUGGCUGACCUUUGCCUUUUCGAUGAAACAAAAGGGGCACUCAGAAUCAGCCUAUUAAUCGGUGCUGACCAAGUAUGGAAAAUUAUGAAGGGUGACAACAUCCGCAGUGAGAGUCAGCAGCUGACAGCGCUAAGCACUCGACUUGGUUGGACGGUGCAAGGACCAACGGACGAAAAUUAUUCAUUGACAACACAAAACCAUGUCAUGGCCUGUAUUCUUAAUGCAGGAGUCACCACCGAAGACGAAACGAACAAAUUGCCAGCGUUUUGGGACCUGGAACAUCUUGGAAUCACAGACAAGGAAGAUAGGUCCCAGGAAACGGUGUUACAGACAUUUGAAGAUUCGAUUUGUUGGACUGAAGGCAGGUAUGAAGUCUCACUACCCUGGAAGCCCAACAAAAGAACCUAG